AGACUAAAGUUCGAUCACAUAUAUUAAUCAACUUAUUCCUGUACAUCAAUUUCUCACACUUGCUGAUGAGGAGGACUAAGACAAAUAGAAACUACACUCAUCGUUAAAAUACUAUAUGCAAAAUAUGUUUUAUGAUUUGCAAUCGGCCACACUUGAAGAAAUUCGACAAGCCUUUUCUCGAAUUUGUCGUGACUAUCUCACCGGACGCUGGAAGGUGGCAACCCCAGAGCAACUCGUGGUAAAACGGAUUAGUGGCGGUUUAUCCAAUUUUCUGUAUUAUGUAAGUCUCCCAGACUUAGACGACUUAGAUCAGCAGGAAGUGUUAAAGAUAGAGCAAGAGCAAAAAAAUAAGCAAGGUAAUAAUAUCAUUAGCAACCAAGUCAAAGUUACAAUCCCAUUUGCUAAGAAUAACAAUAUAUACACUGAAUCCAAUGAGACAAAAGAAGUUGCUGUGGAGUCGCCAGAAUCUUUAAUUCUGGACAUUGUUUCUGGUGGUGAUGGCGAUAUUAAUGCUGAUGAUGAUGACGAUACAGCUCAGAGGGCAAACCCGGCAAAUAAACGACGACGUUUUGAUAGUGACUGUGGGGAUUCAACUUUCUUAAAACGUUUACACACCGCAAAGCAAGAACCUCGGGAGGUUUUGCUGCGGAUCUAUGGACAAACUCAUGGCGAUCAUGCUUUGGAAAGUAUGAUUACUGAAUCGGUUGUAUUUACAUUGUUAAGUGAACGCAACUUUGGACCUAAGCUCUACGGCAUUUUUCCUGGAGGACGCAUUGAGCAAUAUAUACCGGCACGUUCCUUAACAACUAUGGAAAUGAGUAAUGCGGAGAUUUCAAUGAAGAUAGCAGAAAAAAUGGGUGAAAUUCAUAGUCUAAAUAUACCUAUGUCGAAGGAACCGGAUUGGAUCUGGAAUUGUAUGAACCGUUGGCUGACAAGUGUUGAUAGUAUUAUCAAAGGAAAGAUUGAAUCUAAGCCUAAUUCGACCGUACUUCAAAAGCAACGCGAGUUAAUGGGUACUAUUGACUAUGUUAAGGAAAUGGCAUGGCUGCGAUCGGUGAUUGAUGCUGGUGCCUAUCCCGUUGUCUUCUGUCACAAUGAUCUACAGGAGGGAAACAUAUUACUUCGUGAAACGAAUAGAACACGCGAUACGCGGACUCCUCUGGAAUCAAUUAGUAUUUUAAGAUCUAAUUUUAAUGAAACACUGGGUUAUAGUUCGGAUGGAAACAACCAUUUAGAGUCAAUGCAAAACCCCUCGUCUUGUGAUGAGCUCGAUACUACAGACGACUCAGCCAGUAUUAAAUCCGAGCACGAGCCGGAUCUAAUCAUCAUUGACUUUGAAUAUUGCGCCUAUAAUUAUAGAGGGUUUGAUUUGGCUAAUCAUUUCAUUGAAUGGACCUUCGACUAUACCAAUCCCCAAUUUCCAUAUUUUUAUCACAUUCAGCAGCAAUAUUCUACGGCUGCACAACGUCGUGAUUUUAUUUACACCUAUCUGAGGAAAUUUCACGAGGAUGAACUAUAUGAACCUACAACAUCAGAUCUUAAUAUGAUCGAAACAGAGAUACAACUCUUUACCAUGCUCUCACAUUUGUUCUGGAGCCUUUGGUCCGUGGUGAAUGUGACCUCUGCCAUUCAAUUCGGUUAUUGGGAAUAUGGCAUUGCGCGAAUUCUAGAGUAUCAGCAGCUGAAGACCAACUUUUUGGCCAAGUGAUUUGAAUACAUCCAUGCUGUUACUUUAAAAUAUUUUAAAACAUGGAAUAACUGGAACUAUGUAUAUAUAACGAAAUUGAAUUUAAAGGUACUGAUGUGACCUUUUUUAAUUAUCCAGUUGAAGUUGGUUAUUGUUGUAAAGAAUUAGUUGAAUUAACUCCAUUAAUAAUUAUAUCUAUAUAGGAAGAAGGAGAAAGUUAAUUUCAUAUAAUAAUACAUGUGAAUAAUAUUACCAGUAAUUUUAUAUUAAUAAUGCUGAAAGGAAAGUCAAAAUUACAAUUGUAUCUGUGAUUUUGCUGGAGAUAAGCAGAGAACAUAUUAGUUUAAUAUGAUUAUGCAUAAUAAGCUAAGAAUAAUAAUAAUGUCAAGAAAAAUAAAAACAAAACGUAGAAUUAUUUUAACCAAA